GGCAGGAGCUUCUUGUUUUAUAUAGGCUCUUCUUAUCACUUUCUUACAUAUUGUAUAUACAUAGUCAACAAUCAUAUCUGUCCUGUUGAAGUAUGAGUUCUUUCUCUCGACAUACAGAGUCUCAUAAUCACCAUAUCAUGUGGGUUUCUGUGGAACGGAAGAGAAUAGCAUUGUUUCUUGUAUUAGUUACAACUCUGCAGAUGGUGAGUUGGGUUUCUGCAACCAGCAGACCCAUUGCAGCAUAUGGUGGUGCUCGUAAUCCAGGCCAAAGUCCAAUGUCUUUACAUGCUACCUUCGACCCAAAACAGAGUUUCAAGAGUACAGGGGGAAUAUUGGUGAACGAAGAAGCUAUUAAAUCGCUGAGCACUCUGGGUUCCAGACCACCAAACUGUCAGCGCAAGUGUGGACGAUGCACUCCAUGUCAAGCCAUACAAGUACCAACGACCACCGACCAUCUCGGUGUUCAAUAUGCCAAUUAUGAGCCAGAGGGCUGGAAAUGCAAAUGUGGGACUUCUUUCUUCAACCCUUAAUGUUUUAUACACUUCACACACAAUGAGCCGCCCACCCUUGUGGCUUUCUCUCUCCAUCUCUGUACAUCAUCAUCUCCUUGAGAACGUUGUAGCUCUUUCAUUUUAUCCGGGGAGAUGAUAUUACUCUUAAUUAAUUACUACUAGAUUGAUCAAUUGGUUCACAUAGAUAAUUCAUUCCACCAAGUUAUUAUCUUCCCCCUCUUGCUCCUUCUUCUUUCCUUACACGGGUCCUAGCACACAAUGAUCUGUAGAUGAAUGGGAGAGCUCUCACGUGCUGCAUGUAACUGGAUCCAAGAAUUUCAAGGAAGGUUGGGUCCAGAGCUUUGCACCCCCCACCAAUGGAACCAUUAUAAAACAAGAGAGAUGUUGAAUGUGAUCAGUUUUGGACUGAAAAACUAGUUGAAUUAACUAGUUCACCUGAGCCCACCCUGCAGCACCAGUCACCUUCAUUCUAGCUUCAA